UUCACAUAUCCAUAUAUAUAAAUGUCCAUGUAUAUCUUCUCCAAACAGAACUCAUGUUUCUGUGUUCCCAAUUGUAGAACAACAACACACAACUCUCUUGUUCUGUUUCAAGAAUUCGUUUUUCUUGAUUUCUGUUGAAAAGAUGAAUCUAAAUCUGAAGCAAAUGGGUAACAUGAUCUACCAAGAUUCAAGUAGGACAGAAGAAGAAGAAGAAAACCUUGUUAAAGGAGUUUCAAGAUCGAUAUUAGAAGCUAAAACAUUCUCCGAAGAUGAUUGUUCAUCUUGUUCAUUAUCUUCCAUGUGUUCUUCAUCUGAUUUAACAGAGGAGGAUGAUGAUGAUGAUGUUUCUUCAUCUUCUUCAAAUGGACCUCUUGAAGAUCUCUCUGACCUUAUGUCACACCUUCCAAUCAAGAGGGGAUUGUCAAAGUUUUAUGAAGGAAAAUCUCAAUCAUUCACAUCACUAGCAAAUGUUACAAGCCUUGAAGAUCUUAUGAAGAAAGGUUUUAAAAAUAGGAAUAAUGGAACAAGAAGAAAGGCAAGCAAGAGCACUGGAGGAAUAAUAGAACAAAGCUACAAAAGGGUUUAUAACCCAAAAGCUACAAUCUCCAAGAAAGCCACAAGAACACCUUCUUCUGUUCUCUCUUGUCUAGCCAGAAGAAGACUUUAGAUCUGAAGAAGAACACUAGUUUUUUUUUUUUUUUUUUAAAUCCUUUUUACGAUUCGGUGAAUCGGUUUCAGUAACAUAACCAAACACAAAACAUCUCCACCUUGAAUUUUUUUAUCUGUAAGAAAGAUUCUAGUGUCUUAAAUGUGUAGAAAAGCUAAAUACACUUUGUUUGUAAACCCUUUUUGGUCUUUGGCUCUGUUUAGUUUGUAUGUAUCAAAAGCUUAUAAACGGAGUGCGGUGGAAGCAUUUCCGCACAACAAAACCAAUAACUGGGGAAAGUUUUUACAAUGGAAACAUUGGUUAAGAAGAUUAGACCAUUGAUUGGUAUAAUAAUGCAAGAAGAAAACAGAUUAAGACUUUACCUGACAAUUUGGAUUUGAGUGAAAUUUGUUGUGGUUUCGGAUUAUUUGUAGUGGUACUGGACGAUAUAUCCGGUAACAAUUUGAUACAUACAAAUCCAAGGUGUAGAAGUAGAAAGAGAUCUCAUUC